UCUCUCUGUCUCUCACUCUCAAAGAAAAUAAAACACCAGUUGCUUUUAGAGAGAGAAAAAACCGCCAGCUCUCUCUCUCUCCGUUGCCAUAUGCUUCCACUUGCACUACCAGAAAACAGCAAAACCAUACACUACCAAACAUCAUAACCCAACCGCCUCUCUCUCUCUCUCUCUCUCUCUCUCUCUGUUCCAAAAGAAAUAAAAAUAAAAUCUUUCCUUUCUCUCUCUCAAUCUUUUUUCAUAUCUUUUUCCCACAGAUUAUGCAUUAGCUUUGAGGAUUUUCUUCAUUUUUAAUGAUGUAGUUUUUUCCUGCUUUUUGGAAGACCUAAAGCUUUCAUCUUCAUCUUCGCCUUCUUCUUUCCUUUUUUUAGGUUCCUUGUGCUGAUUUCGAGCUCGUAUAGAUUUCAGAUUUGAUGUUUUUGUAAAAAAAGUUUCUGCUAUAGAAACUAUGUAUUUCACUUGGGUUUUAUUCCAUAUUUGGAAACAUUAAUUUUUUUAUUGGGUUUCUUCGUAGAGAGGUGAUUAAGCGUGCUCUGUUUCGAUUCGACCUUUUUCAGUAUCUGGGUGUGCAUGAAAUGAGUGAAUAUAUUUUUUAAGUUUUUGCAAGUUCGAGGUUUUUUUUUCCUUACUGCAGUGGGUUUUUUUUAUCCCGAAAUUUGAGAAUUUUUUUUUGCUUUUGGGAUAAUAAGCAUUGGGUUGAGGAGGGUAAAGGGUGUUAAGAUUUGAUGGUUUUGGUUAGUUUUAGCUUAACCCAUGAAGAAUUUGUACUGGUUUAAGCAGAUUUCCAACAAUGGCAAACUCAGCAGGAGGCUCUCACUUGGAGAGUACAAGCGGGCUGAGUCUUGGUCCAAGUACUUGGUCUCCUCUGGUGCUAAGAUCAAAGGAGAAGGCGAAGAAGAAUGGAGUGCUGAUCUAUCUCAAUUGUACAUUGGAUAUAAAUUUGCUCAGGGUCGCCAUAGUAGGAUCUACAGAGGUGUAUAUAAGCAGAUGGAUGUGGCUAUUAAGCUCAUCAGCCAACCCGAGGAGGACGAGAAUUUGGCUGUCAUGGUAGAGAACCAGUUCAUCUCCGAGGUUGCUUUGCUCUUUCGUUUAUCCCAUCCAAAUAUCAUCACAUUUUUUGGAGCUUGUAAGAAGCCUCCUGUGUUCUGCAUCAUCACAGAGUAUUUGCCAGGAGGCUCAUUAAGGAAAUACCUUCAUCACCAGGAGCCUCAUUCUGUGCCACUCGAUCUAGUUUUGAAAUUAGCCCUUGACAUUGCACGCGGGAUGAAAUAUCUUCAUUCACAGGGGAUACUUCAUAGAGAUCUCAAAUCAGAAAAUUUGCUGCUUGAUGAGGAUAUGUGUGUCAAAGUAGCAGAUUUCGGUAUUUCAUGUUUAGAAACGCAGUGUGGUAGUGCAAAAGGCUUCACGGGGACAUAUCGAUGGAUGGCACCUGAAAUGAUCCAAGAAAAACAUCAUACAAAAAAAGUUGAUGUUUACAGUUUUGGUAUUGUUCUUUGGGAGCUUUUAACAGCAUUGACACCAUUCGAGAACAUGACGCCUGAACAGGCUGCAUUUGCGGUGUCUCAGAAGAAUGCAAGACCUCCCUUGCCAUCUGCUUGCCCCAUGGCAUUCAGUCAUCUAGUUAACAGAUGCUGGUCAAGUAAUCCGGAUAAACGACCCCAUUUUGAUGAGAUUGUUUCGAUCCUCGAAGGUUAUGCAGAGGCGCAUGAGCAGGAUCCGGAUUUUUUUUCAACUUAUGUACCCUCGUCGAGUUAUACGUUUCUCAAAUGUUUGCCAAAGUUUGUAUUGUGCAAUAGAUCAUCAUCUUCUUCUUCUUCCAUGUCUAGGAACUUGAAUUAAGUACGAGUGUAAAAUUGUAACAUAUGAAAUCUUGUCUGGUUCUAUAGUUUGCUCAGUGAUGAUGUUCACGAACAUUUGUUUUUAUUAUCUUUUCUUCUUUUGAAUAUAGUGGAACUAAACCAAGUUCCUUUUAUA